CCCAACCCGCCCCUAACCGCCCCUCCGCGCCCCCGCAGCGCGCCCGCGGCCGCUCCGCGCCUGGCGGCAGAGGGCGGGGAGGGUGCGUGUAACCAGGGCCACGCACACACACGAUCGCGCACACGGGGCGGCCUCGCCGCUCGCCUUUGCGGCCAAACCCCGGCAACAAAGACACCCACCCCCCAGCUCCCCUCCCGGCCUCGCUGCCCGUCCCCUCCGCGGGAUGUAGCCCGGCCGGGAGCUGCCACCGAGGCCCCCCCGCCCCUCCAUGCCCCCGCAGUGAGGCCGGGAGGCGGCUCUGCCGGGGCUGACGGCGCUGCCGGCCACCAUGGGGAAAUCCAACAGCAAGUUAAAGCCUGAAGUUGUGGAGGAGCUGACCAGGAAAACGUACUUUACGGAGAAGGAGGUGCAGCAGUGGUACAAGGGCUUUAUCAAGGACUGUCCCAGCGGGCAGCUCGAUGCCGCCGGCUUUCAGAAGAUCUAUAAGCAGUUCUUCCCCUUUGGCGACCCAACCAAAUUCGCCACUUUUGUUUUCAACGUCUUCGACGAGAACAAAGAUGGGCGAAUCGAGUUUUCGGAGUUCAUCCAGGCACUGUCGGUCACCUCGCGGGGGACGCUGGACGAGAAGCUGAGGUGGGCGUUUAAGCUGUAUGACUUGGACAACGACGGGUACAUCACGAGGAAUGAGAUGCUGGACAUUGUGGACGCGAUUUAUCAGAUGGUGGGAAACACAGUGGAGCUUCCUGAGGAGGAGAACACACCGGAAAAGCGGGUGGAUCGGAUUUUUGCCAUGAUGGACAAGAACGCGGACGGGAAGCUGACGCUGCAGGAGUUUCAGGAGGGCUCCAAGGCCGACCCCUCCAUCGUGCAGGCACUCUCCCUCUACGAUGGGCUCGUAUAGUCCCGGGGCCGAGCAGCGAUGCCUGGGGGAAGAUGCUCUCCGUGCCAUCCGACCACCGCCGCGCCAAGCUUGCCUGUCCCUCUCGGCCUUCCUUUCUGUUCCACGAGCAAAGGAUGCCCUCGAAGCGCGAGCUCACUCCCCCUCUCUGCACUCUGAACCAGCCGCUGCCAUUUGCCAACUUUUGCUUUUUCCAAAAGAAAACCAAACCCGUGACAGACCCCAGUCUGAGCGGCAGUGAACGCCCGAGACUUCAGAGCCGGGGGAACGGGUCGAGCAUCACUGAAGGCAGAGCCCCCCCCAGCCUCCUCACCCCCUUUGCUCCCCCUUCCCUACGUUUUUGGAUGGGACUGCGGAUGUGCCGGUGCUGGCAUGGUCCUCUCCCGGGAGCCGGUCAGCUGGGGACGGAGCCCAAAGGUAGCGGGGGGGCCGUGCACCCAGGGUGCUGCCUGCGCGGGGCGGCCGGGGGGCCGAGGCACCGAUGGCAACUGGGAACCUGGUCCUGGCAUCACCUGCGAUGCCACUGGCAACCUGGCCCGGCUCACUAGGGAUAUAUAUUAUUAUAUUAUUUUUAAAUUUUUUUUGGUGAGACAGUAUUGUGCUUUUUAUUGUUUUUUUUCCUUUGGCGAAAAAAAGCGAGGCUUUUUUUUUUUUUAAUAUGCCUAUCUCGACGAUCGAUGUCCUUAUUUAUUUGUUGUAAAUGUUGCUGCCGUGUUUAGUCUCUCGUGUGUGUGCAUCUGACCACCUAGGUGAUGAUAUGUAAGGUUUACAUGCUCGUACACUAUUGCGGGGCACUGGGAGCCUGCAAUAAUAAUGAAGCCAAAAAUCUUCCUCCCCCCCCUCUCCUCCCACCCUCUGUAUCCUGAGUUCCGUGGGCUGGCUGCUGUUUUAAGGAGAUGCUGUAGCUUCUUUUCCUCUUCCUCUGUCCCCUGCGUUUUUCUGUUCCCCGUUCCCUUUGCAGGCUCAGCGAGGGCUCGCUCAGCCCAGGCUCCGAGCGGGGCGACGAAACCGCUGGGCACCAGAGCAUCCUCAUUUCCUUUUUUUAUCUUUCUCAUUUUCUCAGUGCAUGAAACAGUGUUAACAGAGCCAAGAGCUGAGUUUGCUUUCCAGCAGAUUCCUCUACUGUUUUCUGUUUGCAAGUGGUGGGAAGGUCUGUUUGUAUCCCAGGGGGAUGGCUGUGAAUUCGCGCUGUACUGGUGGAGCUGGGGGAGCAGAGGAUGUGCCCAUGGGGACAACUCGCUCUGUCCCCCCUGUCCUGGCUGGCACAGGGAGGACAUGCAGCUUGGGGUGUCUCCUGACCCCCUCGCCCCUCAUUUAGGACACGGGAGGUUUUGCUGUAUAAACCAAGAGCACGACCCCAAAGCAGAGCUGCUUGUGCCUGCGCCAAGGGAGUCGGAGGGCUGGGGAAACGUGCCUGGAAACCCGAGCGGGGGGCUUGGAAAUGGACCCCCAGCCACAAGCAGUGCCCACACAGCCUCUCCAUCACCCACCACCACUCCAGGAUGUGCCCGAGCAGGGCUCAGCCCCACCAGGACGCGCUGUGGGGCAUGGUUGGCAUCUCCACGGGAGGACGAGGGUUACGUGGGUGCUGCUGCUGCUCAGUUUCCGUCCGUCUCAGCCCCUGCCAUGGGGAAGGAGAGAUUUGCAGCUCCUCGGGAGCAAAGUGCAAGAUGCUCGUGGGACCCCUGAUGCCAGCCAGGGUACAAACCCCUCCUGCUCCAGUGUGGUUUGUUCCUGACCCAGUAACACCAGUGCUGCUCUCCCAGCACCCCAGGGGUCCCUGCUCCAUCCUGGUACGGCUGACACAGCAUCACCGAUCCCUGCAGCUCCCGCGGCCAAGCCCAGCCGGUUCCCACAGCUGGAUGUGGAGGAUGUACUCACAGGUGUCCCGUGAUGCAGGAGACAAGACGGUGCCCCAGCAGGGGUGAAUCCUCCCCCAUGCCAGGCACAGGCUCUCGGGCGGAUGGUCCCUUGCUCUGCAGCCCUGCUGUGCACUUUCGGGGCUGUGUGCUGGUGGCACUUUCUGAUGGCCAUAAAAUCCCACCCUUCCUUAUCCGCAAGGAGACUGACAUCAUGUCCAUGUGCAAUAUUUCUGCCUCUUCUGCAGUUCCUGCUCCCGAGGGUGCCCGUGGUUCUUUGCUGGGGGGCUCUUGGAGGAUGUCACCUUUCUCCCUCCCACGGAAACUCCUUCUCCUCAAUGCUUUGUGGCCAAAACACAACUCUCUUGGAUAGAUCUUUGCAGUGCCUCCAACUUCUCUAAUGCUUGUCUGCCAGACUGGUCCCUUCCUGGUGCCAAUCGAUGUUCCCAGUGAAUGUGACGCUGCUGUAAUCGCCUCUGCUGAUAAAUGAUGGACCCUGCGAUGUUUGACAUAAUUCCCAGGCAAAGGCAAACCUCAUUUGCUCUGACACUUUUCCCUGAAAGGCUUUUAAUUUUCGGAGGACCUACUUGGAGCUCCAUCGGUGCUGGCUGAUGUCUCACUGGGGAGGCAGCCCCGCAAGGAUGUGCUGCUGCCGUCACGGGUGGGUGAGGGACCAGUGUUGUUUUGGGAGGACUUCAAGCCCCAGAAAUGCCAAAAUUCAGUGGCCACCAGCCUGGUCUCCUCCUGCUGUGGGUGGGCUCAGGGAUGGAGCUUUGUCCUCUCUCCCCUCUUCUUAAAUAUUUGCACAUUCGGAAAAAAAAGGAGCAAAAAGGAAAGCAGUUAUUUUGCAGAGUGUGGGCUCUGUCCUGCCCUGCUCUUUGCAAUGCUGAGCAGCCCUGAGAAAAUCAUUUUGGCCACAGUAUUCUCCCCUGCCUGCAGAUUUGGAACCCUGGCUUGGAUGCUCUGGCCUCUCUUUGGGGACCACCGGGGGCCCCCAUCUCCUCCUGAACAUCACCAGGAUCUGCAGCUUCUUGGUACUGCUGAAAAUCAGGCUUGAAGCACCUCAUGCUUGGAAAUGUUGGCCUUAACCUCCUCGUGCCUCAGUUUCCCCAUCAGUGAAUGGCCUGGCUGAGCUGUGACCUGGAGGGUUUGGCAGGACCCGCUGGAUUCAGGCAUAUACAGAGCACCGGGAGCGGGACAUGAACCACUGGGUUGGAGUUUACAUCAGAGGAUAAUUAUUUUCAGUCUUCUUUUUACACCUGGUCAUUAUUAAAAGUGAGCAGCUGACAAGACCUCAUUUGUUUCUGUUCAUACUCGGGUUCCUGAUGCCUGUCUGAAAUAAAGCAGCUGCAGCCCUGGCGAUGGGGAGGGGACCCAGGCAGAGGCGAGGGUCCGGUCCCGGCGACUGCGGCAUGUCCCCUCCACCUCUCAUUUGUCCCCGUCGCUGUUGCCCCAUUAAAAUGCCGUGUCUGUACUUUCCUUUCUUUUAAUUUUUCUGUUCGUGUGCUGACUGUUUGCUGUUUUGUAACCGUCUUUCCUUGAGCUCUGGGGCUUGAGCUGUUUUCCCCGGAGAGCGAGGAUGUGGGAGAAGGCUCUGGGGGCAGAUUCCCCCCACCCUCUCAUUAUGGCACAAACCAGGACCCGAGAGAGAGAGAGAAGCGAAAUGGAUUUUUCCCUCUGGAGCAGCUCUUAAAUUGCUGUGAUUUGUAACAAGACCAGGCAGCCCCUGGAAGCGCUCCCCGUUGGGUUUGUGGGAGGGGGUGUUUGCUUAUGGGAGACCACAGACCCCAUUUGUGCUGGGUACCAGCUGCAUCUCACCAGACUGGGCAGAAGUGGGUCUCAGCAGUUUUGGGGUCUCAGUUACAAGUGCCAGCCCCGACUGUUCCAGCGGCACAGGCGUCCUUCCCGUCUCUCUCUGCUCCUGUGGCCGCCAGCCCUGGGGUGGGUGCCAUGUCCUGGGGUGGGUGACAUUUCCUGCAGAACCCCUGCUUAGGGGGCAGCUGAGCCCCCGGCUGAGGAACAGCAGCUCCAGCCAAGAGCCUUGUUUGUAAAGAUGAAGCCUGUUUGUGCGUCCGUGCCGGUGUCUCGGCUUGCAUGCCCUGCUGCCUUGUCUUGAUAUGAAUUCAAGAGCAAACCAAGCAAACAAAACAGUUUAAAAAAACAAACGAAAACAAAACAAAACCCAGGAACUUUGUGACAGUGGAAAUAAAAGCUUAAUGACAGUAACGAA